UCGCCGAAUUGUCGGCUGCCACGCGCGCCGAUCAUGGCCCAACAUCGUCACAUUCACGAUCUGGCCGACGAGCUAUUGAGUGAGAUCCUAUCGUUUUUGCUCGAGUCGAGACCACGAGCUCUAAAUGGCAAUUCCUUCGGAAAUGGACUAAACGGCCACCACCACGAAGAUCACCAAUCCUACCGCCCGGUGAAGUACGGCGAGGCGUGCGAUCUCGAUCGUUUUCGCCUUGUCUGUCGACGGUUUAUGCGAAUUGGCACGCCGCGAAAAUUCUCACGCUUCAUCCUCCGAUUCUCUGAAGAUGGCUUCCGUCGUCUCGACGACUUGCUAAAUAUGCAGCUGGCCUACUACGUUAAAACGGUGACAUACCUCGUGCGACCCUUAUAUCAUGGCAGCGGCUGGAUCCCGAUCCUCCGGGCCCUAGACACCCAGAAUCCUAAUCUCGCGCGACUACAUAGUCGCCGACUACGUGAACAGAAUGCCCUUAUUGAUACAAACCACGAUCUGACGCAGCUGCGAUCCGCCAUCACGGCCUUCUCGUCCCUCCAAGAGAUCAAGCUUCUCCGCCUGCAAGACGAAGCUGACGAACGGCUCCUCGAUUUCAUCCGGGACGACCACGCCGCAACAACUGUCAUCACGGCCACCAGCUCCACCCCUCAUUUCGACUGGGAAUACGCCUGCUCGCGUGCCGUCACAAACCUCGGUAUCGCACUGCUCAACUCACAAUGCUCCUCCCUCCGCUUUAUCGGCCCGCAAAUCAGCCCUGAAGCAACUCUCCAACUCCUCCGCGCCCCAUCCACUACCCUCGCCGCCAUGGGCACUCGCCUCACUAGCCUAGACAUCAAUUUCUAUUCGCACUCCGACAUCACCCCGACAAUGGCGACCCUCUCCCCAGUUUUCCACGCCUUCUUCGCCGAAGCUGCCAACCUGGCCGCCCUGCACAUAGGCUUCCCGCCUAAAGCCCCCCUCGACCUCCCCCUCGACGCCCUCCUGCCGCCCUCCUCCUCCCCGCGCAAGGCCCUCCGCACCCUCAGCCUGCAAGGCUGGCGCCUCAGCGCCGACGAGCUGAUCAGCCUGGCCCGCCGCCACCCGGGACUGCGCACCUUCCGCCUGGUCGCUGUGUACCUGCGCCCGCGCGGUCGCUGGCGCGAUGUGCUGGCCGUGCUGCGCGACGAGCUGGUCCGGCUGGAGCGGCUGCAUCUCUGCGACAUUGGCUACGCGGCGCACUUUGACGCCGAGGCUGGCGUUGAGGUUUUCGACCCGAUGCCUGCAUCGGCGGUGUCUGUUGCGGCGGGGACGACGGCGGUGCCGAUGGAUCAAGCAAGUACGGCAGUUGCGGGCAGUGGGCGUGGGGGGGCUGGGGCGGCGGGCGGAGAUGGAGAAGGUCCGCGGAUUGGGUGUGGAGGAGUUGGGGGAUGA